UAAUUUACGUCGCUUCAUUAUUCGUUUUACGGCACUCAUUUCCGCGCCGCAAAUGUGGUGUGUGGACCCGCCUUAAGAUAUAAAUGAAAAAGUGAGGCUAAGAAAUCAUAACAAAACUAAUGGUAUUAAACAUUACGUAUAAUAUAUAAACGAAAUUUGUAUAACGUAUAGAAAUGUUGGAAGAAGUACAAAGGCAUUCUGUACACACUCUUGUGUUCAGGUCAUUAAAGCGGUCUCAUGAUAUGUUUUUGGCAAAUCAAGGGCUUUUGCCUCCUGUAGAUGAAAAAGCUGGAAUGAUUAGAAAGUUAAUUAAAGCAAGAGAUUCAUAUGGAAUGGUAUUUGAUGAUGUUAAAAAAAUGCAAGCAAUGAAGCAUCUUAGGGAAGCCGAAGCUGGGCCAAAUCCACCACCACCGGGAACUUCCGAGAACCAAAACGCUUCAUCAAAUGAUAAUGCAGUUGUUCCUUAUACAGAUAAUAAUUUAGUAGUUCGAAACCAACAGAAUGCUAAUCCCAAUCAAUUAGCUAAUAUUAUGAAAAAAGCUCCCACGAUGCCCAAACCUAAGUGGCACGCACCCUGGAAAUUAUACAGAGUUAUUGCCGGGCAUUUAGGUUGGGUUAGAUGUGUAGCAGUGGAACCAGGAAAUGAGUGGUUUGCUACAGGAGCAGCUGAUAGAAUAAUAAAAAUUUGGGAUUUAGCUACUGGUCAAUUGAAAGUAUCUCUUACUGGACAUGUAAGUACAGUUAGGGGUUUGGCAGUGAGUCCAAGACAUCCUUAUCUCUUUAGUUGUGGUGAAGAUAGACAAGUAAAAUGUUGGGAUCUGGAAUAUAAUAAGGUAGUUAGACAUUAUCACGGUCAUUUAUCAGCCGUUUAUACUUUGUCACUACAUCCUACAAUAGACGUUUUAUUAACGGCAGGUAGGGAUUCAACUGCCAGAGUAUGGGAUAUAAGAACUAAAGCUAAUAUUCACACUUUAACUGGCCAUACACAUACGGUAUCUACAGUUAUUUCACAGGCAUCAGAACCGCAGGUUAUUACUGGAUCACAUGAUUCCACAAUUCGAUUAUGGGAUUUAGCGGCUGGAAAAUCAAUUUGUACGUUGACCAAUCACAAAAAAAGUGUGCGAGAUGUAGUUUUCCAUCCAACACUAAACAUGUUUGCUUCCGCUUCACCAGACAAUAUCAAACAGUGGAAAUGCCCCGACGGAAAGUUCAUCCAAAACCUCUCGGGUCAUAACACAAUCAUCAACUGUCUAGCUGUCAACCCAGAGGGAGUUUUGGUAUCCGGUGGUGAUAAUGGUACCCUUCACUUCUGGGAUUGGCGUACAGGUUAUAAUUUCCAAAGAUUACAAGCUCCUGUCCAGCCUGGAUCAAUGGAUAAUGAAGCUGUUAUAUUUUCAAUGACGUUUGAUAAUUCUGGAUCAAGACUGAUUACAACAGAAGCUGAUAAAACUAUUAAAAUUUAUAAAGAAGAUGAUACUGCUACCGAAGAGAGUCAUCCUAUUAACUGGAAGCCCGAUAUACUUAAGAGAAGAAAGUUUUAAAUAAGUUAAUUUGUAAUAAAAAGACAAAAGAUGAAAAUUGGUAUACUGUUUUUAAAAUUAUUAUUAUGUAUUUCUUAAAUUUUUUAUUGUAACAAUUAUAUAAAAGUGAACCUAUUGGUUAUUAGCAUUCCUUUUUAUGUUUAAUACAUACUUCUUAUCAAUAAAUUCUUCUGACAAUGAAAAAACAUGAAUUGUAUGGCAUGGUAUUUGGUCAUUUAUUAAUCUAUUGACUUGUAUCAAAUUAAAUAUUUGGGAAAAUUUCCUGGUGGCCAAUGAAUAUGAAACACCAAUGCGCCUUUUUCAUAUCCAAGAACAAAUAAUUGACUCGCAUGUUUAAGUCCAUGUCCAUUAAUUUGACACAUAUAACGCUUUUAGUCCUUAUUUAAAAUAUGUAUUCAGUUUAGAAACUCCACAAGUCUUCAAAAUGUCGCACAUCCGCUUAAAUAGUGUCAUAAUAAGCGUUUGGAAUUAAUUCCAACUUUAACUUUCACUUUUCGGAUGAUAACUGAAAAACUGACAGUUACUGCGAUAGUAACUAAUUACAUGAUAUUAUUUGAGAUAAUAUUUUCAAGUUUUUUAGCACCAAGAAAACAAUAAAAGAGAUUUUCUAUUUGAGCGGAGAUGUGAUGUGAUGUUUCUGGUAAAAAUAAACAUAUAAUGACUCCGUGACGAGUGGCAUGCGCAGAUUGCUUAUAUUUAGUUUGAAAAUGUUGUCAUUUGAACAGAUGCUUCUGUUAGUCUUAAAGGGACUAAAACAAGUUAUUAAUAGAAAUGAAAUUAUUAAAAGUGCACAAAUGAAAGGCAAAGAAUAUUUGAACAAUAGAGUCAUCCAUGUAAAUAAAGAGACAAUGGGUGAACCAUAUCGGCAAAGUUUUGUUUAUCAAGUAAAUACGUUUUGUUAUUUUUAGAUGUAGACCAACUGUCUUUUUAAAACUCCCGAAGGUGAUUGACAAGAGAAAAGAUAAACACCAUGCAUAUUUGCAGACUUUAAUUCAAAGUUUAGGAAUUUCAAAAUAGUUCUUACUUUUUUCUUUAACCGGCGUUAAGGUUCUUUGAGAACCAGGGCCUUUCUGUCCUGGUGCCUCCAUCGUCGAACCCUUUUCUGGAUUAGAUUCCAUGAUGUCAGUCUAUUGCAAAUAAUUCUUGCGGGUGCUCUUUGAGGCACCUUCAAAAUAAUGCAAAGCUGAAAAGCAAAUCAUGUGUACACUAGUUCGAAAAUUUUUUAAAAUUACUUUUUUUAGUAUCCAUGAAAUCACUGUAGACCUUGGUGUUUGGCUAACUUAUUGGCAUUGGGAAAAUCAUCUAAUAAUGGAAGAGGUAAAAAUAGACCAAGGAAUGCAAAACCUGGAGGAGUGAUCUGGGAAAUAGAGGAAAAUAAUUACUACCUUAAUUAAUUAUUACACACAGAAAAUGCUUGAAUUACUUCUUACAAAGUAUCCUAAUACAAACAAAUUAAGUUUUUUUAAUAUUUUUUUUUCGUGACUAAUCGAAGAAGGUUUGUAAUAAUAAAAAAAUUAUCAAUUAGGGUGCAGAUGUACUUAUUGGCUUUGUUAACGUGAGGUGUGCGAUCAUUUUAAUCCUACACCAUAUAAAAGUAAAUAUGAACAAAUAUAAUAAAUUUAUGAUAACUAGAAGAUUUAUAACCCGAUUUUUGCGGUGUUCAUUAUCUCUAUGUUUACGUCUUUAGAGAUGAAUUCAAUGACGUUUUGAAAUUUCUAGUUCCAAAAUCAAUAAAAUUUUAUCAUUUUUUUAUAUAAAAAAGCAAUAAAGUACAUCAUAAUUCUUUGAGUUGAUUUUCAGUAUUUUAAAUCAAGAUAAAUAGACGUCGAAUUUAAUAAACAAACUGUAAAUAUUUCAGAUAUAUAUUUUUUUAAUUAUUAGUAAUUUUGAUGUAAUAAAGUCUUUAAAACAAAAAAUUGAAUAGUAUGAGAAUUAAUAUGAGAAAUAUUUUAAAUUUCAUUUCCUCAUGGCUUAAAAAAAAUAAAUUUAUUGAAGAAACCAAGCCGAUUAUAAAAAAAGAUUAAUGGGGAGUUUCUUCGCUUUUGUCAAGAUUUAAUAAUAAAUAAAUGACAGAGAAAUGUUUUGUCUCUGAAAUAAUAAAUAAUAAUAAUUUCAGUACUACACUGGUAUUAUUGUGAUAUAUAGUGAUGACCUGAAAUGAUUAUUUUUUAGGUCAUUAUAAAUAUAAUUGAAAAAUCCUGAAGAAAAAAAAAAUGAAACUACACGUUCCGAAUAAAAUUAUUUAUCUGAUUAUUUCAAGAGUAAUAAUAACCUGCCUAAAUGUUUUUAAAUUGGAAACAGUAC